GCAUCCGAUGAGAAGGAGAAAAAAAAACAAACAAACAGAACGAAGAGUUUUUUUAAGUUACGAUCAUCGGCGCCAAGUUGCACUCGUGCGUGCCUCAGAACUCUAACAGAGCAACAAGAUCAGCAGCGCUAACCGCUCUGCCGCCGUGGCCACCAAACCAAGACAACCACUCUCGCCUAUUUUAAUCACCUAUCGAGUACAUUCCCUACACUACAUAUACACAGACGCAUCCCCGAGGUUGAUGGUAACGUCCACCAGGUAAACAGAAAGAGCCGUCAAGAUUUCUCCUUUGGCAUUGAUUACACCUCCGAGCCAUCGUCCUCGACCUCCCAACGUAUCAAGUUCUCACCUUUCCCAUGACCUCGACAUCUUCUUUGGCCGGCGGCUCUUCCUCUCAGAGAUGUGCGCUGCGCCGGUCUAAUGCUCUGCGGUCGAAGUAUGGAGCGGUGAAUCCUGUCAUAGUUCGAUUUCUCAAGCCAGCGCACGGAGGUGACGCGGCGGGGAAACGCGAGGAGGCUUGCGAUGCCUCCGCGCGCAAACCGCCAAGUCUGGUCAUGCAGACUGCGGGUGGGAUUAAUGCGGCAAUGGAGGGGAAAGCGAUCUUCCAUAGCAAGGGAAGGAAGGUCGGAUGCCGGCUUGAACGGCAGCAGAAUGGGGCAAUGCCUACCUUGCGAGGAAAAGGUGCCUGCCUAAACAGAUGCCCUUCAGAAAUGGAGAUAGUGAAGGAAAAGUUUUCAAAGCUACUUUUGGGUGAAGACAUGUCUGGUGGUGGUAAAGGAGUGUCAUCAGCUCUUGCUCUGUCCAAUGCCAUCACAAAUCUUGCUGCCUCUGUAUUUAGUGAACAGCGGCGUCUAGAACCUAUGCCUACUGAAAGAAAAGUUAGAUGGAGAAAACAAAUUGACUGGAUACUAUCUGUCGCCGAUCAUAUUGUAGAUUUCAUUCCUUCACAACAAAAAACUGAUCAUGGAUCCAACAUGGAGGUUAUGGUGACAGUGCAACGCAGAGAUCUUCAAAUGGCUAUCCCUGCUUUGAGAAAGCUCGAUGCAUUGCUUCUUGACUAUCUUGACAACUUCAAAGAUCAUAAUGAGUUUUGGUAUGUAUCUAAGGAUGCUAAUGAAUCUGAGAAGGAAAAUUCAAACAAAAAUGAUGGCAAAUGGUGGCUUCCGAUCGUGAAAGUCCAUCCAAAUGGACUAUCUGAAGUUUCCCAAAAAUGGCUUCAAUUUCAGAAAGAUUCUGUUAAUCAGGUUCUCAAGGCAGCUAUGGCUAUAAACUCUCAGGUUCUAAUGGAAAUGGAAAUCCCUGGAGCUUACCUAGAAUCCCUGCCAAAGAAUGGGAAAGCUUGCCUUGGUGAUGCAAUUUACAGGAGCAUAACUGAUGAGGUCUUCGACCUUGAACAAUUCCUCAAAUCAAUGGACCUGUCGACCGAGUACAAGAUCCUUGAUCUCGUAAAUCGAAUUGAGGCAUCGAUUGUCAUUUGGAAGCGGAAGUUGCAGAACAAGGAGAACAAAACAUCAUGGGCUUCACCAAUCAGCUUGCAGAAGAGGGAGCAGUUUGAGGAACGAGCCGAGACCAUUUUAGUCCUUAUCAAGCAGCGGUUUCCUGGCCUUCCUCAAUCAGUUCUUGACACGAGCAAAAUACAGUACUGCAAAGAUGUUGGGCAGUCCAUCUUGGAAAGCUACUCGAGAGUUUUAGAGAGUUUAGCUUUCACUGUGAUGUCACAAAUCGAGGACGUCCUCGAUGCUGCUUCAGAGACAGAAAAGAAGAAUGAAGGAAUCUGUAAAGGCAUUUCAAACGCAAAUGACACGAAGAAGAGGACACUUCCUGAUGCUGCAAAAGCAAAGAAUUUAGCAUACUUUGAUAAGCUUGAAAGUCUAUGAGGUAUAAGAAACCCCGCACCAUGCUCCACGGCUCGCGACUGAAGACUUCCAAGAAGCAUAGGAAAAGAAGGAAGCUGACACAAACUAGGAAAAGGGAGAACGCCGAACAGCUCUUGCUAGCUGCUGUCUAAGGAGCAAACACAAGGAAGACAACCAAGAUUCUGCCUCCCUUCAUGAGUUCCUCCUCAUGUGCUGCUCAUUCCUUGUCAUUUUUAUGUGAGCCAUACAUGAGCAUAGAAAUGAUUAUAAACUCAAGUGGCGUGCUACUAAAUCAAUCUCAGGCGUUUCUGAGGAGAUUUGCAGUAAUCUCUGAAAAUGUCUAGUAAACUAGAUCAGUGACUAUGCAAGAGUCAAUAAUUUUUAUUUUAA